AUGCUGCAAAUCAUCAGCAAUCAGUGGAAGGAGUUUAUGGAUUACAAGGACUCUAUAGAGUUUUUCGUUCAUGAUAGCGGUGCAACGACGGUACAAUGCUGGUCUACCAAGUUUCCCCAGGAUCUCUUUGGUAUGAUCUACAACAGGGUGCCAGGUCCACGCAGCCGCGUGCGUUUUGCUGCUGUCUGCAGGUCGUGGUUUGCUACAGCUUCACAGCAUCCCGCGCCGCCUGCACUACCGUGGCUGCUGCUGUUGCCACGUGAUGGCGACAGGAUGAAGCGCCUCUACUGUCCUGAGGACAACCAGAUCCUGUGUGUCCCACCCCCGAAAGGUUUCAUCCACCACUGGUUCAUUGGCUGUCACGAAGGUGGCUGGGUUGCCUCGUAUGAACCGGGCCCUUUCAGGAUUGUGAACCUCUUCUCGGGCUUUGAGGUGGCGCUGUCGGAGAAGCAAAAGUGGAUUCCCCGCUCUGGUCGUCUUUGCAAAACGAUGAUUUGGAAAAUCAUCUUCUCCAAACCACCCACUUCGAGCGACUGCAUCCUCGCUGCCAUCACGGAUGAUGAUUAUUCUCUUGCGCUCUGUAGGGUUAGCUGUCCAGAUGGUGGGUGGAUAAUACAAGAACAAAGACACAGGGUUAGGCUUGCGGAUAUCGCCUUCUUGAAUGGCGAGCUCUAUGGUCUCACGCCAAGGUUCCCGUGGUCACCCAACUUCAGACCUUACUUCAAGGUGUUUAACCUCACUGACGUCGACACCGGUGAGGGGGUGGCAUAUCGCACAUUCAAAUGGGAAGAGGUGAAAAACUUGGGUGACUUUGCCCUAUUUUUGGGUCCAAAUUGCUCCAGGGCUGUGCACGUACCGGAGGAUAGGCUUGGCGGCGUGCAGAGGAACCGCAUCUACUACACCCACCGUCGUUGCUUAGGGAGAAAGGUGGUCCCCGAGGAUGAACUGGUGUUCUUGGCAAUGUCCAACGAUGAUGGUGACCCUGUUUACUUCAGGGAAGACGACCAUUAUGGCGUGGAUAUGAUCAGGGCGGUAGGAUACUACGCGAGGAGAGACCCUGAUCCUCCCAUGUGGCUUCUCCCUCCAGAUAUUUAGAAUGCAUGCUAUCUUUGUUCCUUUCGUUUCCGAGUACGAACAAACUUUGUGUAUUACUGGUAAGUGUUUUAACUCAAUCAGGAUUUCAGACUUAAGAUGGUCUAUGGUCUCUGUCAGCUUCUGUACUUAUCUUAUGUGAUUUCAUUUAUCGUGACCUUUGCCCGGUCUUGACAA